CUGCCUUGGCAGUUGUGGGAAAAGCCAUUUAUGCUGAUUUUCACAUAGGGGUCAGCACCUGGGAGGUCCCUGUAUCCAGAUGUGUCUGGCUUGCAACCUGAGUGCUGGGUUUGCCAAAAUCCCAAGCAGCCCCGGGAGACCCAAAGGUCUGUGGGCGGUGGGAUCUGAGCAUCCUGAAUCUCACCUAGACAAUGCAAGAGGCUGGGCGCUGGUGUCCCAAAGCGAGGACUCGACAUGUGGGGGGAUGUUCAACCUCGGCUUAGGAUGCAACGGGAAAGAACAGCACCUUCUUCUUCCCCCGCAGGAAGUGCAUCCCUUGGCUCCUGUUGAAGCCCCUGUGCUGGGUGCUGGAGGCAAGUGGGGGACUAGAGGGGCACAGUAGGAAUAGGCACCAUGCAGGGGAGCGCCGUGCAGCCGGUGGCUUUUCUUGAGCCCCGGCAGGGUCAGUGGCAUGGCUCCGCAGGCAAGAACCUCCCCCCUCCCCCCCCAGGUCACUAGCUCUGCUGCCUGAAACCCUUGCAGGGGUUUUGCUGCUGGAGCUGUGCAGAGGAGUCACGGUGCAAGGGUCGUCCCCAGACCUGGCUUGUCCCUGGGAGCAGCGGGAGAGCUAGGAGCUGUGUGACCCUUGGCGGAGGCCAGUUCCCCCUAGCAGCCCCCUCCCUGCCUGCCCGGCCCCCAUGGUUCCUCCUUGCUGGGGAGCUGUUUGUGAGUGCAUGACCUGGGUUGUAAGUGCUGAGAUCAGUAAGCGAAGUGCCUGGCCACGCUCUCUGCCUCCAUGUGACUGCAGUUUCCGUUAGCUCCUUCCGCAAAGGCUAUAUUAGUGCUAAGCGAGAAAGCGGGUGGGAGAGAAACCCAGCGGGUUGCACCUACCCUUGGCCCCAAGAGACCCCACCGAGCGCAGCCGGAGAGGCCGUUGGCUGCAGGAUGAGUUGUGGCAAACCCUGCGCACCACUCCACGCGCUCUGGCAGUUAUGAAAACGCCACUUACUGAGCCCUCGACAAGACCUCGCUGCUCAUUUGCCUGAGGUUCAGCUUUUCCCCAGAUGCAAAUGCCGUCAGCUCCAGUUCCACCAAGAGUGCCACCGCUGAGAUGGAGGCCCCGCUCCCUGGUUUCUCCCUGCUUCUGGUCCUCCUGGCAGUGGGAUGGGGAAGCGGGGCAGUCACAGCCUGGACGUCUCCUGGUGUCUGUGAGCUCGUGCAGAGCACUGCGGACUGCACUGGGAGAUGGCUGAGCUCUGUCCCAGGAAAUCUUCGAGGUGAUACUGAGGAGCUGUUGCUUGAUGACAACACUAUCCAGGUCCUGGGGAAUGCCUCUCUGCUCUCAUACCACCAGCUGCGGCGUCUCAGCUUGACCAAGAAUCGGCUGGAGCUCAUCAAGCCCGGUGUCUUCCUCAGCAGCCAAGGCCUCCAUGCGCUCUCCUUGGCAGACAACCUCCUCUUCACCAACUAUUCACUGACAGCAGCUGCUCUUUCUGCUCUGCCAGCCUUAAGGACGCUGGAUCUAGCUGGAAACCGCCUCACUGAGGACAUGGUAUCGGUUUUGGUCUGGAAUCUGUCUUCCUUGGAGUCCUUGUCCGUGGCCAGGAACAUUAUCAUGAGGCUGGACUCGUCUGUCUUCACAAACCUGACACAGCUGUUGGAGCUGAACCUGGAGAAGAACUACAUCUUUGAGAUUGACCAAGCUUUUGAAGGGCUGCAGAGGCUGCAGAGGCUCAACAUAGCUUACAACUACCUCCCAUGCGUAGUGGAGUUCAGCCUGACCCAGCUCAGGGUGCUCAACGUCAGUAACAACGUCAUUGAGUGGUUUCUGGCCCUGGAAAGUGAUGACCUCUUUGAGCUGGAGAUGCUGGACCUGUCCCACAAUCGUCUCCUCUUCUUCCCCGUGUUGCCCCGGCAGAGCAAGCUGCACUCCUUGUUGCUGAAGGACAACGAGAUGAGCUUCUACCAGCGCCUCCCCAAUGGCACAUCCCUGGCGGAUGUCACGGUGCAGUUCCUGCUCAUUGAUGGCAACUCCACCAACGUCACGACAGUCAGCCUCUGGGAUGAGAUCUGCCACAGCAAUCUCUCCUCCCUGCACCUCCUGGACAUGAGCCAGAACCAGGUCUGGUACCUGCCGGAGGGCUUCCUGGCCCAGAUGCCCUCCCUGACCCACCUGAAGCUCAACCAGAACUGCCUGGAGACAUUUCAGCUGUCGGAGGGGGACCCCUUAGCCAUGCUGACAGAGCUGGACCUCAGCCAGAACCAGCUGGUGGAGCUGGGGGCAGAGAUGGGGGCUGGGGACAUCCUGCCCAACCUCCAGCUCUUCAACCUCAGCACCAACAGGCUCCGGGUGCUUCCUUCUGGGGUUUUCGCCUACACCAGGAAGAUCACUACCGUGGACCUCAGCCGCAACCGGGUUGACCUCUGUCCCCAGCCAGCUGUUGCAGGUGAGGCGGAAACUCCCCCCUGUGUGGACAUCAGGGGUGUCAAGACCUUGACUCAUCUCUCCUUGGCCGGCUGUGGUCUGCGGGGACUGGGUCGCCACCCCUUCCAGGGGACGUCGCUGAUGCAUUUGGACCUCUCUGACAACCAUCAGGCACUGUCCGGGGACCUGGGGUGGCUGCAGGACCUUGCUCUGACGCUGCAGGUGUUGUCUCUGAGGAACACCAGCCUCUCCUCCACUGCCGUGGACUUCUCUGCCUUUAACAGCCUCGUGCGCUUGGACCUCUCGGGGAAUUCCUUGAGCGUCUUCCCCUCCUCGCUGGGCAUCCUGAAACUGCUCAGCCUGGACCUGCGGGACAACUGCCUCCCGGCUCUGCCACCGGAUGUCGCGCGGAUGCCGCUGGGGAAGAGCCUGCAGGAGGUCUACCUCAGCCAAAACCCCUACAACUGCUGCACGUUGGGCUGGUGGGACUCCCUGCAGCGGGUCGAGGGGUUGCACGUCCCCGACGGGCAGGAGAUGACCUGCAGCUAUGCCUCCCACACGCUGAGCCCCAGGGCGCUGCCAGAGCCCGUCCUGUGGAGCUGCCGCUGGCAAACGGCUGACCUGGCGCUCCUCUACCUCGUGCUGGCUCUGCCCACCUGCUUGACGCUCCUGGUGGCCUUCGCUGUUGUCUUCCUCACGCUCAAGCAAAAGCUGCUGAAAAUGGUGAAAAGCCAGUGUGGGGUGUCUAGCCCUUACUGAUGGCUGAGGAGGAGGAGGGAGGGAGGGCUCAGGAACAGUGAACGUGAGUGGGUUGUCAGGAUUACAGGCAAUAACCCCUCCGAGGUGGGUGAGAUGGAAGCUUGAUGGAUGUUAGGACCAGGGGGUGCUGGGAGAGCUGCUGUUUCUGCUACAGAUGCCCUAAGGGUACCUGAAGGGUGUGUGGCUGUGUCCCGUGAUGGAGCCUGGGGCCGUGCUGGGCAUCCUCAAGGGACACAACUUCAGCAGAAACCUUCAGUUGAUGUUGGUGAGAGCUGAGUGGACACAACACCAAACGCCUUUUGGCUGAAGGGGUACGGACAGUUUCCCCCAACGCUGUUUCCCCUCCCCCCUUCAGGCAGUUCCUUUUAUUUAUUCACACCCUGUAGCCAACUCUCCACUGCAAAACAUCCUCCAGCUCUGCAACCAGCCUCCACAAACCACCCCAGGCUGG